AUGAAUCCAAACCCUCCAGAUGAAGAGAUGUGGAUAAGACCUGAUGUACAUCCAUGCCAAAGACAAUAUAAAGACAUCCCUGAGUGGGAUAUGGAUUCUGAUUAUGCUAAUCUUCUAAAUAUGACAACAUUCGGUUGGAUUGAUAAACGUUGUAAACAAGGUACAGCUUUUCAUGAGAAGGUCCAUGGAGGUAUUUCAAUGAUUUUGAUUGGUGAUCCAGGUCAGYUWCCUCCAGUAGCAGAUAAACCAUUGUAUCAUGCYCAACCUUCUAACCCUAUUGGAGAGCAAGGGUAUUUAACUUAUAGAGUAUUUGAUAAAGUUGUAAAACUAGCUGUUAACCAAAGAGUCCAGGGAUCUUCAACAGAGCAACAGCAAUUUAGAGAUUUACUGCUCAGGCUUCGAACAGUUCAACAGUUCAACAAUUUAACUAUUGAAGAUUGGCAGUUAUUGCUAACACGCCAGCCAUCUAGUGUAGACACUAUUUCUGAUUUUAAGGAUGCUACAAGAUUAUACUACAGCAAUGAUGAGGUAUCAUAA